CAUAGCAUUCUUCUUUGCAGAGACAUGUUGGACGGGUUGGAUGUGUUUGAGUGCUCCGAGGUUGGGGACAGUGUAGUUGAAUAUCUAUCCCGAAGAGAACCUGUCUCUUCUAAACAGGUCUCUACAUGGCUAAGAACCCCGCCAAAGCUUACAGUGGUACGAGUUAAUACAUGGAAAACUACUUUGUCCGCUGUUCAGUGUCGGAUAGAAGACCAUCUUCAAAAGACAGGUCAAAAGUGUUCAGUUUCACGAUUUGGAGAUUCCAACGAGGUUUUACUGCUUCAGUGUUCGGAGGAGAACAAAGGACAGAUUGAACCUGGAGAAGAAGAGGUAGUGGUUGAUCAACAGUGUGGACUAGCUGUGCUCAGGGGUGCAGAUCUAUUUACCCCUGGGAUACUGACAUUGAGUUAUGCCGCACAAAAGUCCUCACAGGUUUCUGUAUGGGCUGAUCUCGAGCAUAAAUGUACUCAAGGAUCUAGUAAAAAGUAUGAUGGAAAGAAGGUGUUUGUCGGGAAUGGAAUUCUUCAAGUUAGUAGAGAUGAAGUGUUUAAAGAGAAUCAAAGAGGGAUUGGAGUUCUCAUCAAUCAAAGAGUAUUUAACUGCCCUAGCCUGGAUGAAUCAAAGUUUAACGGAGAAAUCUAUCUACAAAACCUUCCCUCUAUACUAGCUGUAGAGCUACUAAACCCUGAACCUGGAGAAAGAAUUCUAGAUAUGUGUGCGGCUCCGGGGGGUAAAACAUUACACAUCGCCACAAGGAUGAAGGAUUCAGGAGAAAUUAUUGCUUUUGAUAAAUCAUUAAAGAAGAUAAAUCAAAUCUUGAUGAACGCAGAGAAACACGGGUUCAGUAAUAUCAAGGCCUUCGUGCAGAACGGAAUUCAGAGUAUAAAAGAUGCUACAAGCCGGAAAGAAGAACUGAAUGAAAAUGAAAAUCUAAAACUUGAACUUGAUCCUUCUGAAUCUCCUCCUUAUCAUCCGGAAACCUUUGACAGAGUUCUGCUGGAUGCUCCAUGCAGUGCAUUGGGUCAGCGCCCUCAGUUUUUCAACAAGAUCAGAUUAAAGGAGUUCAAGUCCUUCUCUAAAGUUCAAAAGAAACUGGUCAGCUCCGCUGUAUCUCAUCUGAAACCUGGUGGAGUUCUCGUUUACUCCACCUGUACUCUGGCACAGGAGGAGAACGAGGGUCUUGUAGAGUGGGCGGAGCAAACCUUUUCUCAGAUUAAACCCGUCAUAAUAGAUUUAGAAAAUAACAAAAACUAUUUAAGGUUUGGACAUCCAAAUAACGACCAACCCGUGCAUAAUGAUACAAUUGGAUUUUUUAUUGCUAAAUUUAUGAAAAUAUUGUGAUCUUUUAAUAAAAGUUUUAAUAAUUUCA